AUGUUUCAGCCUUUCUUUCCUUCUACGAUUUAUCGCAUCAUUUUAAAUUCCUCACUUUCUUCUUUCUUUUCGUUUGACUCUUCUUUCUUUCUUUCUUUCUUUUUUCUUUCUUUCUGUCUUCCUUUCUAUCUUUCUUUCUUUCUUUUUUAUUUUUAUUUACUUAUUUCCAUAUAUGUCUUCUUUCUUUCUUUCUCUCUUUUUUCUUUCUGUCUUCCUUCCUUCCUUUCUUUCUUUCUUCUUUAUUUCCACAUUUCAUUUUUAUUUAAUUAUUUUCACUUACCCGUUCUUCCUUUUUUAUUUCCUUAUAUCUUAAUUUAUUUAUUUAUUUCUACAUACACCUUUUUCUUUCUUUCUUUUUCCUUUCUAUCUUUCUUUCUUUUUUUAUUUAUAUUUACUUAUUUCCAUAUAUGUCUUCUUUCUUUCUUUCUUUCUUUAUUUAUUUAUUUAUUUAUUUUUCCACUCUCCUCUUUGUUCAUUUUCCUCUUCUUCACUUUUUCUUUCUUUCUUUCUUUCUUUCUUUCUUUCUUUUUCGGUUCUUUCUUUCUUUUUUUAGUAAUAGAUCAUUUUGCUUGGUUCGUCUUCCAUUUUCAUUCACAGUUGAAAUAA